CCUUCCUCCACCUCUCCUCCACCUCUCCUCCACCCCUCCUCCACCUCUCCUCCACCAUGACCUACCUGGCUCACACCGGCCACUCCCAGCUCCUCGCUCUGUCACUCUCCUGCAUUGGAUGCACGCUCACCGCCGUUUCCCUUGGACUCAUCCAGUGGAGGGUCUGGCUGGUGUCAGACAGGGAGGUCAUCAGCUCUGGGGUGGCGUGGGUGGGCGUUUUUCGGGCGUGUUUCAACAGCCACACCCUGGUGACGCCUGGAUACAGAGUGAUGCACUGCAGGUUCAUCAGCUUAAUGGAGGAUUUCACACCUCCAGAGAUAGUGGGAGGGCAGGUCCUCAUGCUGCUGUCUCUGCUGGUGGGGCUCUGUGGGAACGCUGGUGGAGUCUACACCUUGAGGAACGUGUAUUUUGGGAUGGGGAAGAACUCCCCUAUCCGCUUGACGUUCCUCACAAGUGGCGCUCUGUGCCUUAUGGCCGCCAUCAUGUCCCUCACUCCUCUGCUGUGGAACCUGAACUCUGUGGUGACCAAUCAGACUAUAAAGUUCCCCCCAGAGUUUAAACUACCCCCGACUCCUGACUCUCAACAUGUUGGGUUGGGCAUCUGGGUGGGACUGGUUGGGACGAGCCUCAUGAUUGUCUCCGGGAUUAUUUUCUGCACCUACAGGUUGCCUGUGAGGUCAGAAAACCGUGCAGAAACAGUGACUGACAGCAGGGGGAAAGAUAACCUGGCGUUUGAGUUUCACGAACACUGACGCAUGUACUUGAACUCACAGAGGAAUUGGCAACCUCAAAAUACAGAGAGUUUUGUUUACAAAUUGAGAUUUGAUGGACGUAAAACAAGAAAAGGUACUCAUACCACCGCUCCUAGAUAAUAGGAAGAGCGCAACAGCUGCAAUGAGACAUCUGUGUGGAUGUGUUGGGUCUCUUUGUGGUUGUUUUGUGGUUGUUUUGGGGUCAGGGUUAGCAGACCAAAGACUACCUGAGUGGCUUUUGAUAAAUGGUACAAUUUCUGAAUAAAUGUACUUGCUCAAAGCUGUUAAUUUAAAGGAAGCCAUAAUGAGUUUACAUAGCUAUUAAAGAUCCGUAGAAAUUGUUCUACAGUAUAUAUUGAUAUACUGUACCACAAUCUAAGCUGUUUCUAAAUAUUGUUUUCAGUUGUUUUAUUCACUGCUAAGGACAGUGAAGCUGCCUACAACUUGUACCAUCAAUUAAUGCAAACGCGUGUUUUACUGCUGUUCUUCUAGAAGAUAAUUCAAAUACAUAAGGUGCCAGCUGUUUUAACUGACAUAUAGAGAGAGAGAAAUGCACAUUUAUGAUGUAAAAUAUUCUUUGUUUUUUGUUUUGCUUACAUAUUUAACUACUUGAGGACGAGCUAACCUUCAUUUCCUCUUUGUGUUUUCACCUGAUGUUUGCAUAUAUGAUGCUUUGGUAAUAAACUGGAUUACUUUUCGUCAGUAUGAACCAUGUGUUGUGCUUUUUAAAUGUUGAAAUCAUCCAGACUAAAAGCAUGUUGUGGACAAACUUCAGUUUCUUCCUGUUGUGUGUGCACAAACAGCUGUCUUAAUGUAUUACUAACCCUAACUUUUACAAGACAUACUAGAAUGAAAGUACCCAAUGAGAUAGACACAGCAGUAUUUUCUUAAAUAUUUUAUUCAAAAAAAAGCAAAAAGCUCAUCUCCAGAAUUUCAAACCAUCUGUAUCAAUGUUCCUCUAAUGUUAUGGCUCAAAUAUUGCUGUUUGCUUAGCCGUGUGGAGAAGGAGAUGCUAUGUGUUCCCUUAAGGCUGCUGCUUAGCCGUGUGGAGAAGGAGAUGCUAUGUGUUCCCUUAAGGCUGCUGCUUAGCCGUGUGGAGAAGGAGA